CCCACCCCGCCAUUCUCCCCUCUCCCACACUCCCUUCUUUUUCUCUCAAACACGGCCACCGCGAAACUUAACCGUGAAUCGUUUCUCCGCCAGCCCCCUCGCCGGUAUCUAUUCUCCGAGGGGAGUAAACCCUAGAACCAUAGUACUUGAUAACAGUAGAAUAAUUAAAAAAACACACACACACACACACACACAGUGAUGGCGUCGCCAUACGGAAUUCAACUCGCAGUCCAUAUAAUUUCGGCCUUCUACGGUGACCUAUGCUCGAAAGUAUGCGAGUGUUUAAUCCGGAGAGGAACACAAUCCCUAGCUCAAAUAAUCCGAUUCACGGAUCUCAAUCGAGAAAAUGCCAUCAAUUGCUUACGCGUUUUAAUACACCAAAACUGCGUCCAAGCAUUCACCAUCCAGCAAGACGCUGUUUUCGGCGAGCCACCAAGGAUGGUAACCCAAUACAUGGCUCUAUUUGAUAACGUAAUACACAAGUUGAGGGCUCCUAAAUUUUACGAAAUUGUAUCAGAGGAACUUGGCAAAGAUUGUCUAGUAAUAUUUCAGGGGUUAGUUCAACACGGCAGGCUUUCGGUUAAUGAUAUGAUUGCUGGUUAUGCAGAUAUAGAAGGUAGUUCUGAAAAUGUUGGGCGAGAAAGCUUCACUAAACUUGUGAAUGCCCGAUUUGUUGAACACUGUCCAGCUCCUGACCCACAUCUAGAACCACCUGUUGUUGAUGAAAAGGGAAAGAAGAAAAAGACACAGGUAGAAGAACCACCACUAGAUCAACGUGUUUUGGCAGCAGCUGCUCCAAUGGAGUCGAUGAGAUUCUUUCUCGAAAUGGACGAUCACUCUGAAGAGAAGGGUAAUGAAACUACUACUAGCGUGAGAAGCGGGCAGAAGCGGAAGCAAGAUGAAGGCGAAUUGGAUGCUGAUAAAAAGAAGGAAGUUCUUUGGCGUGUCAACGUGGAAGAAUUUUUGCGCCGCCUGCGGCAUAAGGCUUGUAUCGCACAUGUCAAAUCGAAGAUUAACGAAGAAGCUGCCAUUGUGCUGAGUGCAAUGUUGGAGUUAAGUAAACAAUCAGAGAGUGGACUGAAAGCUGAAAAAUCUGAAUAUCUUUCCAUAAAUGCUAUAUACGAUGAGGUGAUAAAAAAAGAGGGUGGUCUUGGCAUGGACUUUGAACGUGUCAGAUCUUUGCUCGACCAGCUUGGUUGUGAAACACUCUCCACAGGAAUGGAUGAAAGUUACUGCAUCGAUAUAAAGGAAAUCAUUGAAUUAUCUCAAAAUGAAGAAGUGGAGUCUUUGGUAAUGAGAAGAUAUGGGCCGGAGGCCUACAGGAUAUACAGGUUACUUUCCAAAGCUGGUCGUCUUAUGGAAACUGAAAAGAUUUCAGACAGUACAUUCGUUGAAAAGAAAGCUACAAUCGCGAUUCUGUACAAGCUUUGGAAAGAUGACUUCUUGCAAAUGGAGCAUGUGAAGACGAGUACAGCAAAACAGUCGGACUUUCGGCUAUGGACAAUAAACAAAGAGCAGCUUCAGAAACAAGUUUUAAAUGAAAUGUACCACGCCGCUCUAAAUUUGAAACUCAGAAUCGCACAUGAGAAAGAUCAAGCGAAAGAGGUUAUUAAAUUGCCUAAAGACAAGCUCGUUGGGGAAUCGAAUACUAAAUAUGUUCGUUGGGCCAAUGUCACGAGGAUUUUGGAAUCUUGCUUGAUGGAUUUAGACGAUGCAAUCAUGUUAUUUCAUCAUUUCUAAAUACUAUAAUUAUUAUUAUUAUUAUUAUCCCAUUUUUGAGAUUACUUUUCUAUUUUGUUCAUUGCACAAGUUUUGACUUAAGUAGAAGUUCUCGACUAAACAAUAGCUCGUGUUUUAAUGCAGCAUU